AUGCGUCUUCUUCUAGCGAUUUUCAUCUCAACCUUCCUGGCAUUUGUGUCGGCACUGCCGACUACCAGCACCCUUGUCACGCGCGAAGCCAAUGCCGUAGUCGACGCCGUCCACAAGAUCGCGGACCAAAUGAAAGCCCUGAAUACAACAGUCACCAGCUAUGAUGGUGGAUUACUAGGCACCGUGACAGCAUUGAAAAUUGAGUUCAAAUGUAUCACUCUUAGUCACGAUCUCAAGAAUGCCAUAUCCACGACAGAAAGCUCUCCGAACUUCACCGAUACGGAAUCCUUGAGCGUGUCUACUUCUUUCCUCGACCUGCAGCCGCAGAUUUACUCAACUCUGGAUAACAUAGUCUCGAAGAAACCGCAAUUCGAUAACGGACUGCUCGGCAUUGGCUCGCUGUCGUUCUUGGUCAAGCACAAUCUAGAGGAGGAGAAGGAUUUGUCUGCGAAAUUGGGUAGUGCUGUCGCCGCGAAGCUCAGAGAACCGUAUGCGUCGUUGGCGCCGACGAUUAAUAAGGGUAUUGCGGAGAAGUUUGCAGCAGCCAUCAAGGUGUUUAGUUAG